UAAACUUUUAUCGGUAUAAUUACAACGAAAUUUAAAAUUAUCACAAAAAUGACCUUACAAUAUGGGUUCUGUCUUGUUACAACUCGACUUUCGGCAAUUAUUACCAUCACUUCUCGCCGAUUUCAUCCAAAGUCGAGUCUGACAGUUCUUGUGCAAAAAACCCAAAUUCACACAAACAGCCCAAAAAUGACCCGACCGGCCGUCUAUAUAACACGCAAAAUUAACGAAGAGGCCCUUAAAUUAUUAUCAGCGACUUGUGACAUAACAUCAUGGCCAGGGUCGGAUCCAGUUCCGCGGGCCGAACUUUUGAAAAACAUCGCUAACAAAGACGCCCUUUUUUGCAUGCUUACCGACAAGAUCGAUAAAGAAGUGCUCGAAAAAGCCAACAAGCUUAAAGUGAUAGCAACAAUGUCGGUCGGUUACGACCAUCUGGAAAUCCCCGAGAUUAAAAAGCGCCAAAUUAAAAUCGGGUACACCCCCGACAUUCUCACUGAUGCUACAGCUGAAUUGACCGUGGCUUUGCUUUUGGCCACAAGUCGACGCCUCCUUGAGGCUAAUCACGAGGCCCGGACUGGGGGCUGGCAAGCGUGGGCCCCAUUUUGGAUGUGUGGUCCGGGCUUAGGCGGGUCCACUGUGGGUAUCGUGGGGUUUGGCCGAAUUGGCCAGGAGGUGGCAAAGCGGCUUAAACCGUUCAAUACGAGACAAAUUCUCUAUUUCAAUAGAUCGGUCAGGAAAGAGGCUGAGGAAAUCGGGGCUAAGAAAGUCACCUUUGACGAGUUGCUCUCACAGAGCGAUUUUGUGGUGGUUUGUUGUGCACUGACACCAGAAACGAAGGAAAUGUUCAAUGAGGGGGCGUUUAAAAAAAUGAAAAAGAGUGCAGUUUUUGUUAAUACGAGUCGAGGGGGUGUUGUUGAUCAAGAUGCUUUGGUUAGGGCGCUCAAAGAUGGUGAGAUUUGGGGAGCAGGGUUAGAUGUGAUGACUCCGGAGCCUUUGCCUUUGGAUCAUCCUCUUUUGGGGCUAAAAAAUUGCGUCAUUUUGCCGCAUAUUGGGAGUGCUUGCAUUGAGACAAGGAAUCAGAUGGCAGUUCUUACAGCUAAUAAUAUUUUAACAGCGUUGGGGGGCAAGGAAAUGCCGGCGGAAUUAACUGUGUAAAAGAGAAUAAGAAAAAAUAAAUGAUUUCAAAUAGUUUUUUGUGCGGUCUUACAAUAAAAUAAAUUUAUUGAACUUCA